AUGGAUGAACUCACUUCAGAGGAAAUGGCUGCACUUGAUGCAGGGGACUCGUAUACGUUCAGCAGUUUGACUUCAAGCCACGUUCAUCAAGUGAGAGACCAGAAGAAACUCGGGAAAAAAUGUCGGGAUGAAAGUUCCUUGACGAGCAUAUUUUCUGUAAGACCGAUCAAGCCUGGAGACUUCCGGUUAGUGAUGCACGGAAAGAAAUUGCGAAGCUUCGACAUGAGCUUACGCGUCAACAAUGAAUUGAAGAGCCUUGAGGGUGGAAUCAAUUUAGCAUUGGGUCACGGCGACAUCAUUGAAUGCUUUCAUCGCCAAAUUCGUGAGUUCGAUAAUCAUCUUAUUCCAAUGAUCGACAGUGCAUCGAAAUCUGAUCAACAUCACAACAUGCCUGUUGCUCGUUUGAACUUUCAAGUUUCCUCUCUCGAUUUUGAAGCCGCUUACAAUCUUGGCAAGAGGAUAAAUAUGUACAGUAUUUACCGUGACAACGGCGAAGUACAAAUGCUCCCUGUCAACUUGAAAAUUAAUUUCCACGAAAUGGUCAUGUUUUUGCAACCUAAUGGACGUUGUGUACAAGAGGAUAAGACUCCGUCUCUGCUUUCCCUUCCUCGGCUGAUGAAGACGAUGAUCUUGAAAUGUUUGAAUCCUGUGGAAGCUAUCAGAAACCUCGCCCCUGUGUGUCGAUCAUUCUUCGAACUUGUGAGGAAAGAAGACAUUUGGACUGACCUGGAGCUUCCCAGGCAUGUGUUUUCUUCUGCCCCUCUUGAACGACUGGAUGACUUCUUCAAUUUUUUUGCGGGGUUGAAGCGAUUGCAUUUAUCGUAUAUUUUCGACUGGAAUAAGCCCAGGGAUCGCGCAUUGGCGCUUCCAGGUGUUGAUUCGAAUGCCCCCACGGAAUUUAUUCACUUUCUUGGCUCUGGGGUGCUUCGAAGUUUUCAUGCUCAACAGUUUCCUGUUGAAAUCGACGAGGAAGCUUGGAUCCUGGCUAACAAGUUGGGAACGUUUUCCAGCUUGGAAUCCCUCAGCUUGUGCGAAGAAAUGUUUGAAGAGAUGCCAGUUUCCUAUGAGCCAGUCCCAGUCGUCCUUUUCCCAGAGUUGAAGUCUAUAUGGUUGCAAAAGACGGUACCCGGGAGAACGGUUCGGCGUUUAAUGAAAAUGCCAUUACUGGAAAGAUUCUGCGUUAUGUCUUCUGUACCAAGGAACGGAUAUCCUGAACGGAAGGUGAGGCGAGCCCCCUUUGAAGACUACCCCACGGGAUGGCUAGAAAAUCUGAAGUUCGUUUCUGAUUACGAUCUCUUGGAGGCAGUCAUUCCUUAUUCGAAAAUGAUAAACCUCGAAUGCGUGGCUUUAAUUUCUCUGAGUUGUAAUGAGGGUAUUACUGCUUGUGAUGCCCAUGAUGGAUCCUCUGCUACGUGUGUCCUCGAAGAACUUCGUUGGUGUUCCAAGCUCAAAGGACUUGUUCUUCGGGUACCAGAUCAUGGUAUUCCAAAUGAUGCCUUCAAAAGAAUGCCUCAGGAAUGGGAAUUCGCCGCAUUUUCAGGCCUGGCUCGCGGUGUGGUAUCCACCCUGAAAAGUUUCGCUCGGAAUCAAAAUUCGCUGGAUGAUUUGUGGAUUCACGUUUCCUCCUCAAAGGACUUGAAGGAAAUUCUCCGAGCAUUGGCGAGUUUCAAGCUACUCAAAAAUGUAGUGCUUGUGCUCAAGCAAAGGGAUCGCGUCAGCUGCAAACAAUCAAUGUCCGCGUGUAUGAGAGCAAUGAAGAUGUGUUGGGGUAUGCCGUCUGAUGAUAUUGACGGAUCAUCGUCAUCACGGAAGACCGUCUCUGAUGCUGGUGGAGAUUUCUUUGUGAAGCAAGUCACUUUGCUUAUUGUGCGUUCCUAUGAUGUCGCUGCUGUUUUGCGGAAAGAGUCCAUUUUUCCCGGCUUUUACGCCAAGCAACAGAGUGACAUCUAUGUCCACAAACUGGUGAAUGGAGCCAAAAUGGGAGAACCUUGUCCAGCUCAAGAGCAUCUGCAGAAAUGUUUCUCUAUCCAAGAAAAUCCGAGUGGGGAUUUUCUCCUGAGAAAGCAUAGAGCAUGGGUUUCCUCAUUCCGACUGAAGGCACUCAUUAACGGGAAAAAUGUGCUUUACUGCAGUGGAUCCAUUGUCAAACUAUUCCACGGAGACAUGAUUGAGUUCUUCGAUCGUCAGAUUCCAUGCUUCAGGGUCAUGUUCCUGCUGGCGGUUGGAUGUCCUGUGCGAGAGCCCCAAGUUUCGCCCUUGCUUGCAUUCCCUUGGAUUAUCAUCAGAAACAUCUUGAAGUUUCUGAAACCAUUCGAAAUGAUGAAGCAUGUAGUUCUAGUUUGUCAGCAAUUUUUCGACCUGUUCAGAGCUGGCGGCAUUUGGACUCAUCUGAAUUUGAAUGCAGUUGUUGGAAUCACCGAAGUUCCCUUUGGUCACCUGGAUGACUUUUCAAGACUUUUUUCUGUAGAGUCCUGGGUCCAUUUGGAAACGUUGGUGAUCGGGUCUUCGUAUUUUGGACACAUGUUCGCGCUCGCGGCGCAAGAUGGCGCCAUUGUGAUACCGAAUUGUCAGGAAUUGACGAUGCUGUGUUCUUUGAAUCAUGCCUGUCUUGUUGCCAUGAAGCAGGUUUUUCCUAGAAAGCAGACUUUUCAGAACCUGGAGUCCCUGGCCUUGCUGGAGAACAUUUUUGAGGACAUGCCUGCAUUUGAGGAAACGUCCUAUGUUCUUUUCCCGAAGUUGAAAACACUCUAUUUGCAAGAUGUAUCACCAUUGACUGUGCUUGGCCAGUUGCUGAAGAUGCCUUGUUUGGAGAUGCUGUGGAUCAAGCAUGAUCAUUUGCAAUCAUUUCUGCAACCUCCACCACUUCAUGUCUUUGAGGAAUGCCCCAAGGAAUGGCUUGCAAAUCUCAAAUCUGUUGCUGCUGAUUUGUGGGAGACCUGCAUUCCUUAUUCAAAAAUGAUCAAUCUGGAAAUUGUAGCCUUCUUUUUCUUGCAUCAUGUGCUGGCUACAAGACCUUUGGAGAUUCUCAUGGAGGAACUGAGUUACUGCUCAAAGUUGAAAGGAUUGAUCCUGCAUGUGCCAAAAUAUAUUCCUUGUGAAGCCUUCAGCCAACUUGCACAGAAAUUGGAAUUUGCUGCAUUUUCUGGGGAACCCUGCAAGAUGAUCCCUGUGCUGAAAAUGUUUGCUGAGAGUCAGAGUUUCAUUGAGGAGUUGUGGAUUCAAGUGCUUGAUAAAAAUAGUGUGGAAGAAAUUAUCUGCGUCGUGAAAACGUUCAAGCGACUCAGAAACGUUGCUUUCGUUUUCAAAGAAGAAUUUUUCUUUGGGAGCAGAAUUGAAAGCUGUUGGGCUUGGCUUGAGGCAUUACUCAAGAGAUGCGUUUGUCCAGCAUCUGGAGAAUCAUCCUUGAAACAAGUCACUGGGAUUUGUCUGAAAUUACGGCGUUAUCAGUCUUUCACUUUCAACAUUGAGCUGCAAAAAGAGACUGAUUUUUCAUCAUCAGCCAUCAAAAAAUUCUUUGCCAAUGGGUUGAAGUAUAUGCCGAACACGGAAGAGAGGGAUACAAUUUCAGAUGAGGUUCACCUGGUUGAUGCCAUUUUUCCAGACCCUGUUCUGUACUUUUAG